AUGGCACGAAUACUAAGUAUUGACCCUUCUGGCACUUCCAUAAGUGGCUUAUUUUACUUUGAGAAUUGGAAUAAUUGGGAAAUAUCCUCCAUUGAAGCUAAAAAAUGGUUAGAACAAGGAAAAAAGAUAGAAAAUUGCCUGAAAAACAAACAGGUUCAAAUUCUCCUAAUUGAAACUACCAACCUUUAUAAGAAAUCAGGUUAUACUUAUGAAAUGCCAGCUUUAAUUAAGUUAGUUGGCUUAUUAGAAUAUUUGGCUUUACAAAACGGAAUAGAAUGUCAUUUGAUUAGCAAUAGAUUUAUGCCUCAAUGA